CACCCUUGCCAAGUAAAGUUCAGCGGGACGCGAGAGACGCAUUUCCAGAGGUAACUUACCUCAGACGUCUUCAAAUCUAACGGCCCCCCAAUGCGCUCAACCGGAGAUACGGCCGUUCACACGCCUCCUCUCUCACAGUAAAAUAACUUCAUUCUGCCAUAACCCGGUGCUGCUACCGAGAGAGAGAGAACGACACGGGAGACGUACAACUUGUGGAUCGCUUAAACAUUUCUCGUUAGGUCUUUGGAUAUACUAGUCAUUUACACGCCGAGUGUGUCGUUUACUUGUCCUUUUUGGAGUCUAGUGCCUAAAGCGCUCAAAUUGGUUUUAGUUUCGUAAAACUGAAGGCUGUGCAAAGCAUCAUGAGCCAGGGGGAUAUAUCGACGUGCUCGGCUCCUCAGAGAGUCUUCCAGGAGGCGGUGAAGCAAGGCAACACGAAAGAGCUCCAUUCACUGCUGCAGAACAUGACCAACUGCGAGUUUAACGUCAACUCCUUCGGGCCCGAGGGACAGACGGCGCUGCAUCAGUCGGUCAUCGACGGGAACCUGGAGCUGGUGAAACUGCUGGUGAAAUUCGGAGCUGACAUUCGGCUGGCGAACCGGGAGGGAUGGAGCGCGUUACACAUCGCCGCUUUCGGGGGACAUCAAGACAUCGUGUUAUACCUCAUCACCAAGGCUAAGUACUCGUCCGGCGCGCGGUGAUCCGAUCCGAUCCGCUGACGGGUAAAGACUCGAGGAAACAUCGGGCUCGUUUCGUUCCUGUCGUUGAUUUGCCAAGCUGGCAGACGAGUUCCCUUGUACCUUAAACCAAAUGAGGGGGUCGUUGCGAUGUCGCCGUGUUCUUUCCCGUGAGUAGCCUAUGUGGUCAACCGUGGCUCAGUGGAACUGAAACGCGCGUUGGUACUAUAGCUUUUCUUGAAUGUUUAAGUCAUCGGAUGCGGACUGCGUGGCUUUACCGCCGCUGGAGAUGUUUCGAGAUGGCACUUGAUGCUGUGGCCGAAUGCUGGAAUAUUUGAAAGGGAAAGCGGUGAACUCUAGAAUAAGGGCCAUCCUCUGUUUUGGCUAAACACUGUCUUUUAAUACGAACCUUAAGUCGUUCCAUCAAUCAAAUCACGCUUCACGUGGCGGCGUUUGCGAUCAGCGCUGAAACGCGUCAACGACGUAACAAUGACUUAUUCGUAUGUACUGUACACAUAGCUUUACUGUGUCUUUCCGUAAAAGUAGUCCAUUGCGCUCUGCCUUCACCUAGCAGAUGGCUUUUACACAGCUUUCAGGCCAGUGCGACCCAUGUCUAUGGUUAACGUGUUACUAAAACUCGCUGCUUUCGCUUUUUUGUAUCAAAACGUCAGGAAAGUCGCAUUUGGGACACACUUUAUAAUCUUCUUCAGUAUUUGUAUUAACACCCUGGUUAUCACUGUGAAUACAGGCUGGGUUUGUUUUUUAUUUAUGAAGGUACAGUGAGAUGCAUUUAAAUUAUGUUGUGGUUAUUUUUAAGAAUAUAGCCUAUGUGUAAAAGUAUGUAGGGUGACCUAAAGCUGCUUCGGACUCGUUACAGGCUAAACUGUCCCGUGUGGAGAUUCCGCGCCACGGCUCCCCCGCACCCCCCCCCACCCCACCCACGUGUAUACUAAAGCCUCUUUUUCCCGGGAAAGGCGUCCUCUGCAACUUUUAUUUCUGGUUCUCUGCACCAGCUACCUCGACUUGAAAGUAUUCAACAUUUUCAGAUGCUCUCUUCCUGAAGCCUUCUCUUUUUUCAGUGCUCAGAAGCUUAUUGGUCAAUCUCCAAGAACCAAAAUGAGAUCAAUUGGUUAUUCGAAACAUGGUGAAUUUCUUUUUCACUUGCCAAGCAUAGUCGAGACGUUAUAAAUGACAUUAUAAAUUGUGCAUUUCUGCUUUUGUUGCCGAUGUUGGUUACAAAAAGCGGAAUGCAUCGCAUGACUAUUAAAUGCAGGGAGUUUUGUUGCACAUAAACGUGGAGCCUUUCACGCCCCCUAGUGCCUGAUUGGGUAACUGCAGGAGCUGAGGCUUACCAAUAGUUACUACUGAGCAGGACUAUAUGAACAUUAUUAUAAAGAAGACUAUGACUUCUAUUGCAUGACUGUUGCAGGAGACAACCACAGAUUCGUUCAAAAGACUGCCUGCUGCCUUUAAGAGUCAUGGCACCUGAUGUUUAUUUCAAUGCUGCUUUUAUGUAAGUUUUUCUCUUUUUUUUGAUACAAUGGCCAACGGUGAGUGAAUGAGGGCAAGUAUAAAUUAGAUUCAGUCUUAUUGUGAGAAGCCCUGUGAGAGUCUGGUCGUAAAUGUAUAUGCAUGUGUGUGUGAUUGUACUUUCGCACAAAUGCCACAUUUAAACUGGCAAACAAUGUAACUAGGAACUCCUCGUACACCUGGAGAUACGGCAGAUGUGAUUCUCACGAUGAGCUAAUAGAUUGGUAUAGGCAAAACAAAUAUGCAUCGCUUGUCUUAAACUUGAUAUUUUUACUCUUGUUGAAAAUAUUGCACUGAUGACUGUUGUUCAUUCGUUGACUUCCCGUCGACAUUUUAUUUUUUCUAAAUAGAAAAAAGGAACACAACAAAAUACUAUUGUAUAAAAAAGCUCCAGGUUAUUUUGUCUCUUGUUUGUGCGUUACAUUGUAUAACAUUACGUUUGCAAAGAUUUUUUUUAUCUCUGUGAUCGGGUGUAUGUGUAUACAUAUAUAAAUAUAUGGAUAUGUAUAGAUGCUGAUAUCUCAGAGCACUUUCUUAUUCGAAGUGCUCUCCUCCUGAUUUUAAUAAAGGGGAAUAAUACUUGUGAUGGUAAGAUCAUUGUAACGAAAUAAAUUGCACGAUGUAUAGUUGUUUUAGCCCCCUUUUUGUCAUAACAUUUAUGACACGGGGGUUAAAUGACUGGAUAGGUGUAAAUGAAUGAGCAAAAGUUUGGAUGUAUAGGUUUUUUUGUUUCUUUUUUUUUGUGGACCAAGUCAUCUUGUGUCUCGUGUGUUGCGAAUGCCCUUUUGUGCUCUUCUUUAUUUUUGUUUGUGCGUCUUAUGUUUGUGUGUUGUUUUUUGUAACACUGUGAUUCAUGUGGUGAGAAAACGAGUGCUGUAAUUUUUUUGUAUGUGCGUGUGUUCAUGCCAGUAAAGAAAUCAUUAAACCUUC